CAAAUUACACUCUUUCCAUCACUUUUUGGUAAGAAACGCUGUCAUGGCCGGAGGAAAGUCCAAGAACAAGGCCUCUAAGAAGAAGACCGCCACCGAGGCUACGUCAUCUGCGCCUCAACCCUUCCCAUAUCUCGACAGUUCCUUCUUGGAGUUCGGGUCGGAAGAGGAACUCUCUCGCUUCAUCACCUACUUCGCCAAGCGCCCCAUCUCUCCGCCAAGGGUGCUACCCGAGCUAUACCCUCAACAGAAGGGUUACUACGACCUUGACAACCAACUCAAGGAGUCGGGUCUGUGGUCGUUCGUCUCCCGAAGCCGUCAGUCCUACAAUCCCGCCUACGUCCGGGCCAUCUACUCCAAUCUCCGCCGAGACGGGGACACCAUCCGGAGCAGCAUCAAUCUCUUGGACUUAGAGUUUGAUUUGGCCACCUUUGCCCGGAUCGCAGGUUUGCCCACUCGCGGUGACGACAUCGCGACUUAUGGUGGCGAUGAUUGGAUUCUCAACAACGAGGCGGUGGUCAUCCGAGAGCUUGGAACCACCAACCUCGUCCGUCACAGCGGCGCACCAACCAUUCACUCAGCCCCGCCGGAGAAGCGCUUUCUACUCUACAUCCUCACCCGGAUUCUUCGCCCCCGAGACGGCAGCCACACGUGUCUCUUCAACGAGGACCUCAAGGCCGUUCAUGCAAUCACCCAUGGCGCCUCGAUCAAUUGGGCGAAAUACUUCAUGAUCCACAUGGCGGAUUGCGCUUCAAUUGCCACCGAAAGGAGCCUGCCAUACGCCUUCCUCGUCAUGGAUCUCAUCAGUGCCUCCGACAUCCACAUCGCCGGCCCGGAUACGAAGAUGACGAAGAUUUGGAUCAUCCAAGAUAGCACCUUCCGGAAGAAGCCAUGCCCAUCCAUCAAGGGGCAAGCACUUUCCGACUUUCAAGUCGAGUGCACCGCUAGAGAAAUGACAAGAGCCCAGGUUGAAACUCGGGAGGAGAAGGAUUGGUGGAUAAUGAGCAUCGAUGGAUCUUCUGGGUCUCAAUCUUGCAGAGCAGGUAUCGUCUUGAUCACCCCAGAAAAAUUCUGGAUUUAUUACGCUAUCAGAUUUCAGUUCCGCGUGUCCAAUAAUGAAGCUGAAUAUGAGGCCCUGAUCAAUGGAUUGAAGAUUCUUGGUAAGAUGGGAGUAUCCAGGGUUCAAGUUUACACCGACUCCCGAUUAGUGGUGGGACAAAUCACGGGGGAAUUUGAAGCAAAGGAAGAGAGGAUGAAAAGAUACCGGGACUUGGCCUUAGAGAUGUUGGGAAGGUUUGAGUUUAAGCUUGAACAUAUUCCCCGGGCCCAGAAUGCGGAGGCUGAUGUUCUCUCCAAGCUCAGCGCAGAGUCACCGGAAUACAUAAGCAAGUUAGCAACCAUCGAAGAGCUGGUAACCCCUAGUCUUAACAGUAGUGAAGUGAUCUCGGUAUCAGCUGAUCCCCCAGAGUGGCUGGACCGAUUGGCCAAAUACAUUGAGGACGGUGAAGCCCUGGAGGAUCCCCAAGAAGCACGUCUAUUACGAAUGAGGGCGCCAACCUACAAGGUGAAGGAUGGAGUCCUCUAUAAGCGGUCUUAUAACGGUGUUAUACUCCGUUGCCUCAGAGCAGCAGAGGCGAAGGCAUUGAUGGAAGAAAUACAUGAAGGAGUGUGUGCUGCACAUCAGGGUCCUUACUCCAUUUCCAGAAGGGCUAUUAUCCAGGGGUAUUUCUGGCCAACGAUGAGGAAGGAUUGCGAAGAAUAUGUACGCAAGUGCCUGACCUGCCAACAGUUCCAGAAUAUACCCGGGAGGCCAGCCACAAAUUACACACCCAUCAUCUCUGUGAUUCCCUUUUCGAGAUGGGGAAUCGAUAUUGUGGGAGCCCUGCCAAAAGGAGCUGGGCAGGCAAGGUGGAUUGUGGUGGCGAUAGACUAUUUCACAAAGUGGGUGGAGGCCGAGCCGCUUGCGGGGAUCACCGGAAGGCAGAUGAUCGACUUCGUUGGAACCAAUAUACUCUGUAGAUUUGGGGUCCCGAAGCAGAUCAUAUCGGACAAUGGAACCCAGUUUGAGGAAGCAGAGUUUCAAGACUUUCUCAAAACUUGGGGAAUUCAGCAUACAAAGGACGACUCCAAGGAGAGCCACGGGUGACACUCCUUUUGGCUUCGCUUAUGGUUU